GUAUACAUAAAAUUAACAAAGUGGUAAUAUUUUGGGUAAAAUGUGUUCUAAGUAACUUCAGUUAGUCAUUUCAAGUGCGGAAACUAUGGCAGGGUCAUUUGUGCCACUAUCACUUCUAUCUAAAGGAAUUGGACAGGUUUCUAAAAAUGGCCACGAAAGACUUGAUGUAUAUCUUGAACCAGAGGAUUAUUACAACUUAGAAUCAAAGUAUCACCAUCAGCUGGAAGCACUAAGACACAAGGCGCUACAAAGUGGGUCAGUUAAAUCUGUAAAAGAAGUACCUCUUCAUAAAACGUUUCUGACUAGAAAAGGCGCCCUGUUACUUUUUUCUGAAGAGCUCGCAAAUAAAGCCUCAGAAGAAGAAGAGGCAAGAUUACAAAGAGUAGCAAAAAAAAAGAGAGUAACCUUCUGGGAGGAUGCUUAUCGCAUCCCAGAUGAGGAAGAAGAGGCGGAAACAAAGGAAGAUUUCCAAAACGAUGCUCUAAAGACCUGCCAUGACCUUAGUUGGGCUAUACUUAACUAUGGAAAAAAACUUGACUACAGAAAGAAAGGCGAUGACCUAUACCUACGGUUCCUACAUGAUGCCAAUACUAUAUCUGGACGUAAAAUAAGACCAGGAUUCAGCCCAAAGAGAUAUAUUUCAACUUGGUCAAGAUAUUGGAAUGAGGAUAUGCUACAGAAGAUGCGUCAUAGUGGAAUGAUAUCAGAUAAAACCUUGUACCGACAAAACCCCCUCCUACCCCAUCUGUACAAAUAUGCAACUUAUAAUCUUUCAUCAAACCCACCCCCAUACAGAGUUACUAAGAAUAUGUUGCUGCCCACUGGAAACGUGCCUUCUUAUGAGUUCUACAGAGUAAAAGGCAAGCAACCUCCUCAAUCAAACAGUGAUACACUUGAAACAAGAAGUAAAGCCCCACCCCCCUCACAGCAAGAUGCCCCACCUGCUCCACAAGGUGUAAUACAUGCAGUAAAGUACCAUGACACAGGGGAGAUACAGGAGGUUACAUACUCAGAACUUAAACCACAGGAAAAACAAGAGAUACUUGCGGAACUGUUGAUAGCAGCUCAUGAACACCAACAACAUAUACGCGAUACGCUUGAGUUGGUUUUAUCGAGUAACCGACCACAAGAGAGGGGUAGUGAGCGACCGGGUUCGUCGUCUGCUGCAAGCGAACUAAUGGCAGAUAUGCAUAGAGCUAUAUUGAGUUUAGUUGAGUCUCCAGUCCGGCAACAAAUGAAAGAACGUCAGCGACUUAUACAAGAACAAGAAGAAAAACAACUGGAAUUACAGCGACAGCAACAAAUAAAAGAAGAGAAGAGAUUGUUAAAAGAAGAACAGAGAAUGAAGAGAAAAUUAAAGAGACAGGAAAAGAAAAAGGCAGAAGAAGCUAAACUGAUCCCAGUGAAACCUCCUACUCCAGAAAAGAGAAAAGAAGAAAAAAGAAAUGAAGAGAAGCCAAAAGACGUUGAAGCUAAAGUGGAGGAUCAUGUUGAUGCUGCCAAAGAAGAGGAGCAUAAGAAGAAGGAGGAACGUAGAAGAAAAAGAAGAGAAGAGAGAGAGGAAAGAAGAAGGUUAAGAGAAGAGAAAGCAAUCCAAGAGGAAAAGAAGAAGGCAGAAAAGAUGAAAAUGGAAGAAGAGAGGUGGGAACAUUAAACAAACAAAAACCAU